AUGUCUGAAGCAGAUGUUACAUUAUUCCGUUCGAUCGGAUUAGAUGAAAAGAAAUCAAAGGAUACUGUCAAGAACCCAGAAUUGACUGCUACACUCAAGGCUGUCAUCAAUGAAGCUGGUGUUUCAGGUGGUUGCGACAAGGCUAUCGGUAACUAUGUCUACCAAUUGGCCACCUCUGCUGUUGCUCAAUCACCCAGUCGUGCACACGUCGCCAAAUACAUUGGUCAAGGUGCAUUCAAGGUGACACAACAAUUCCAAGCUGCCCUCAAAUACCUCAAGGAUCAUCCAACCUUUGAUGAUUCUACCUUCAAGACUGAAUGUGGUAUUGGUGCUGAAGUCACCGUCGAACAAAUCGCUCAAGCCGUUGACAAAUUGUUUGUUCAAAAGAAGGCUGAAAUUGAAGAGAAAAAAUGGCAUAUUCCAAUGGGAGAUCUUUCAACUCCAUUAAAAGAACAAUUAAAAUGGGCUGAUAUGAGUCAAGUUAUUGUUCAACUCAACCUCAAGUUGACUGAAGUAUUGGGACCAAAAAAGGUUGAGGAAAAGGUUAAAAAGGUGGUAGUUGUACAACAAAAGGCUGCCGAGCCAUUGGAAAAGAUCACAUUAAAGGAGCCAGCCGGUGCUGCCCCAGCCAAGGAAGUCAAGAUUCGUGACUGUUCACCAAAGAUUCAAGGUCAACGUGUACAUAUUAAGGGUUGGUUGCACGAAGCUCGUAUUCAAAAGAGUGUUGGUUUCAUCAAGCUUAGAGAUGGCACUGGUUUCUUGCAAUGUGUUUUGACUGGCGACCUCGUCCAUCCAUCACUCCACGACGUACUCAUCAGAGAGGCCACCGUCUCGCUCUACGGUACACUCACCGUCCCACCACCAGGCAAGAAGGCUCCACAAGACGUCGAGCUCCAAGUCGACUAUUGGCAAUUGAUUGGUGAGUCCAACGUCGAUCUCGAAGGUAUCAUCAACACCGAGUCACACGUCGACCAAAUGUUUGACCAACGUCACAUUGUAUUGCGUGGUACCCGUGCCUCUGCCAUCAUGAAGAUGCGUUCACUUGCCAUGAAGGCAUUCCGUGACCAUUUCUAUGACAAUGGUUACUUUGAAGUCACCCCACCAACCCUCGUCAACACAUUCUGCGAGGGUGGUAGUGAGUUGUUUACACUCGAUUUCUUUGGCUCGCCCGCCUACCUCACCCAAUCGUCUCAACUCUACCUCGAGACAAUGAUUCCAGUUGUCGGUGACGCCUUUUGUAUUGCCCAAUCGUACCGUGCCGAGGCCAGCAAGACCCGUCGUCAUUUGGCCGAGUUUACUCACAUUGAAGUCGAGAGUCCAUUCAUCAAGUUUGACGACUUGCUCGACCGUAUCGAGUUCCUCGUCUGCGACGUUGCCGAGCGUCUCUUUAAGCUCGACAAGGAUCUCCUCCUCACUGUCAACCCCAACGCCAAGAUUCCCGAGCGUCCAUUCAUGCGUAUGAACUACGAAGAGGGUAUCAAGUUUUGUCGUGAGAACAAGAUCUACAAGUCGGAAGAGAACGGUGUCCCCGUCCACUUUGAGUUUGGUGACGACAUUCCAGAAGCUCAAGAGAGAAAGAUGAACGACAUGAUUGGCAAGCCAAUCUUUUUCUGCAGAUUCCCACACGAAAUGAAGGCCUUUUACAUGGCCCGUUGUCCAGAGGACGACAGAUUGACCGAAUCUACCGAUUUGUUGAUGCCAGGUGUCGGUGAAAUCGUCGGUGGCAGUAUGCGUAUUGCCAACUACCAACAACUCAUGGACGCCUACAAAAAGGAAGGUCUCGACCCAUCUCAAUACUAUUGGUUCACCGACCAACGUAAAUACGGUACCUGUCCACACGGUGGUUAUGGUCUUGGUUUUGAACGUUUCCUCACUUGGUUCCUCGGUGAAGAACACAUUAGAAACGUUUGUCUCUAUCCACGUAUGAGAGAUAGAUGUAGUCCAUAA